CGCAGCGCCAGUGCGGGCCUGCGCAGCACACAGUUCAGGCGUUUUUCUCAAGGGGGACGACCGUCAAACGCACCACCUCGGGUAGUUCUAGCGUGGCUUCAGUCGGGCAAACACAAACGUGACACACACACACGGCUGACACAAGGUGUCCAAGUCCCGGCUGCACCCUGCUCUUAUCGUCCGGGCCCAACCCGGACCACGUGACGGCGACGGAAUCGACGACGACGACGGCGUUCUUGAUGGCCACUUUCCCCUCAGAGUGCAUAACCGUGUAUCCCUCUUGGCAGCGUUGCUGACUAUCUUCGGCCUCCCUCUCUCUCUGUCUCUCUGUUGGACUCUCGGUGUGUAUGUUUGCCUUUACCUCCUCCUUCCUACGGCGACGGCUGAGCUUCGACGAGCUGAAUUACGAGAGAGAGGUAAAAGUGUUCAGGGCAGGUAAAAAUCGACGGGUGGUCUCCACGACUAUCCCGUAAGUCCCGUCGGUCGACGACGGUCUAGGCUUCUCCUUCCUCUGCUGGAUUAGUAGUGGCUAGCUGGUUAGAACGGGCCGUGUCGAAAAACUCAAAACUGUAGAUUUUGCGUAACACCCAUUUGGAUUUUGUGUUUGCCAAAGGUCUGGCAGCGAUUGGAUUGGCGCACAGCGCGAUGAUGGGUUGUUGGAGAGAGUCCCGGUGGAUUCAAUCAGUUGCGAUUCGGAAGCCAAGCUGGUGAGACCGGUUUGAGUCGCGGCGUGAACUGCCUCUUUCGUGCUGCCCAGUCCGUGUGUCUGUGUUGUGGUGGCGUGAAGAUGAGUGACGUAGGCUGUUCGAAAAUCAUGGAGUUUUACCGGGGCUCCACGGUGCUGAUAACCGGUGCCAGCGGGUUCGUCGGCCAGGUCCUGCUGGAGAAGAUUCUCCGCAGCCUGGAGGUGGACCGGGUGUACGUGAUGAUCCGCCCCAAGUGGAACUGGAACGUCGAGUCGCGCCUGCAGCGAAUCCUCGACGGCCAGCUAUUCGACGUGCUGCGCAAAGACUCGGCCAAGUGGCAAGAAAUGACACGCAAAGUUAUCCCGGUGGAAAUAAAUCUGGAAGAAGACGAACAUCUGAUCGUCGAUCAGCUGAGAAGCAAAUUGCUGAAUGAAGUGAAUGUUGUGUUCAAUUUGCUCGCUUCGGUAAAUUUCAAUGAACCGUUGGACUGUGCGCUACGCACGAACGUAGAGUACACCGACCGAAUGCUUGAACUGGUUUGCAAGAUGAAAAACAUUAAGACAGUGGUUCACGUAUCAACUUUCUACUCGAACUGUGACAAGCGGGUCAUCGAGGAGCGAAUUUAUGACAACGUCGGCUACGGCGGUGUUGCCAACAUGAUAAACAUUGUGUCCAAACUCAACGAACCGGAAAAGCAAAUACUGACCCAGCACAUCAUCGGCAACUUCCCCAAGUACACCUUUAGCAAAAAGUGUGCCGAGGUACUGAUCCAGGACAAGUAUCGCUCAUUGCCAAUUGGAAUCUUCCGACCCCCAAUCGUGAGCUCAACGUACCGCGAGCCCGUCCCCGGCUGGAUCGACAACUUCAACGGGCCGUCCGGCAUGGUGGUCCCACUGUCGCAGGGCAUGUACAGCGCCGCCCUGCUCGAUACGCGGGCCCGCCCGUUCAUCGUGCCCGUCGACUACUGCGUGAACGCGCUCAUCAGCUGCGCCGUGGACGUGCACCUGCAGCGCGCCCACCAGAGCCUCGCGAUCCCCGUGUACAACUACACGGACGCCAAGUGCAAUCUGUCCUGGGGCGAGAUCAUCGCCGGAUUCAUCCAGGGGCUGCCGCCGUUCAAGCGGUUCAUGGCUACCUACUUCACGGCGACAUUAACCCGAAACCGGAUGCGUUACGCCCUCUGCAAGAAGCUGAUGCUGAUGCAGGCCUACCUGCUGGAUCUGGGCCGGCGACUGCGCGGCGAGGCGCCCGCCCUCGGCCAAAUCUUCGAAAAGAUGAUCAGCCUGAGCGAGGUGCUGGAGUUCUUCUGCCUGAACGAGUGGCGGAUGACCAACGACAACGUCCUGCGCGUGCAAGCGGCCGCAACCGAGCUCGAGCGGCGUACCUUCCCGUGCGAUCUGACCAAGGUCGACUGGAAGGGCUACUACAAGGGGUUCGUGCCCGGAGUCAUACGGUACGCGAUCGAACCGCGCAAGGCCAAACACCGGGCCAGGAAAAACGCUGAAGAGCAGAACGGCGGAACUGCAAAGAUGGUUCAGAAACGUGGAAUUUGCUACGCGGUGUGGAGCUUUUUGUUUAGAUAUGUGACGAUAGUGUUUAAUUUUUUGUUUAUAAAGCAUUGAAACCCGGACCCCGGAUGGUGACAGCAAUUAGCAU